AGCGCAAGUUCAGGGUCCAGUUCGUCGGCUCCAAGGGCCAGGGCGCGGUGGCGACGGCCAGGAUUGCGCUCGGCGAGCUGAUCCUGCAGGAGUCCCCGCUCCUGGCCUUCCAGGGCGAGGCGGACGAGGUCCUGGCGGUCGGCUUCGGCUACACGGAGCGGCCCGGGGGCGACCAGCUCACGAACUCGAAGGUGUUCUACGAGUACGAGUCGAGCCUCCGGGCGGCGGUGGAAGGCGCCGGGCCCGACAAGGAGGAGGCCUUCUGGGACCUCUCCGACUUCUCGCAGGAGCGGGGCACUGGGCACAAGACGGCCGUGGGCAUCGUGAGGACCCC